AUGUUUUGUUCAAGCGAAAAGCACUAUUUUGGUCAUGUUACACGCGAAGAUUCCGAUAAUGUAGCACAACUUAAAUCCCAUUUCGUUGUGAUAUCGUUAAGAAAGCUUAAAUGCCAGGCAAACGAUGAACAGUAUGCGCUGAUAUAG